AUGGCUCCAAGCAAAGAAUCAAAAAAGCCUGAAAAGAUUUAUCUUGUAAUGUCCGAUGCAAAACAGCGCAAAGGGCGUGGGAAAGUAAGAAAGCCCUUGCCUGAUGCGCCGCGCUCAAAGCCUUCAGAGCCUCGACCAGCAUCAACAUCGUCAUCCGGAAUUACGGAAGUGGAAGGAAAGAAGAACAUUGACUCUCCUUCUGCCACCGAUUCGCCUCCGAGACGUUCCCCUCGCCUCACAAGGAGCCCAGAAGACGAUCCUAGUCCUUCGGACUACGUACAAAAUGAUCAAACUAAUGGACCUCAGAGACUCCCCCCCUGCACUACCAAGAGUCCGGAGGACGAUCCUAAACCUUCUGAUUCUGUCGAAAACAACCAGACUUUUGAACGUCGCGAACAAGCCCAGGCUCCACCCCGUACAAAUCCGACCCUGCCCGGUCAGCCUUCAGCUCUACCUUUCCAAGCUGCUGCGAUACCAUUUACGCCUCCGACAAUACCAUUUCAGGCUAUAGCGGUGCAAUUUCAACCUCCGACUAUACUCUAUGGGAUCCCGCCUGCGCCUCCAUACCCAGCUGCGCCAAAUCGGCAUCUCAACCCAAGCGAAGUGUCUGCUGCUCAAAAUAGCAUAUCACAGCUCCAGGACAAUGAAAGAUUGAAAGGUAUGCUGGAGUCGUUCCAGGCUGCAGCUCGCUCUAUCCAAUGGAACGCUGAGCAACUAGAUCGGAUGAUUGCUUCAGUAUUAGGAUCGUUACCUCAACCCGAGUAG